CAGACUAUCCAGAUCAUGACUGGCUUCAUGCACAUUGGCUUCGGUAUCGUCCUGACCACACUCACCAAUGUCUACUCCUCCAUCUUCAUCACCGGCGAGAUCCCCUUCCUGGGCGGUGUGUCUUUCAUCAUCUCAGGCUGCCUGUCCAUUGGGGCAGAGAAGAGUCCCACGGAGUGUGCGGUGAAGGGCAGCCAAGCCAUGAACAUCAUCAGCGCCAUCUUUGCGCUCCUGGGCAUCGUCGCCUUCAUCAUUGACCUCAACUUCAACGGGCUGUACCGCUCCAGCGAUGACUACUACAGCUACCUUGUCCUGCUCGCAGGGAAUGGCAUCUCCAUCGUGCUGCUCAUCUUCACCAUCCUGGAGUUCUGCAUUGCUGUUGCCACUGCCAACUUCUGGUGCCGAGCAACACGACUCAGCCCCAAUGAGGCCAUGCUGAUCGUGCCCAGCACCACCAGAGUGGACCUGGCUGUGGUGCAAGCAGAGCUGCCACAGCCGCCCAGCUACUCGGAGCUGGCAGCUCCUGAAGUAUAGCUGGGCAGCAAGGAUGUCACAGAAGCCACCUGCAGCUCCAGGGCAUCGGCCCCUUCUCCUGCUGCACUGCAGGCUGGGCCAUGCUUUGUAGCCCCUGAACUCAGCCCCUGUCGUCGUCCCCCAGCCCGCCCCUCCUGACCCCCAUACCCUGCCCAGCUCUCACCUCCUGGCUCUCUGGGAAGGGAUGGAGGUGGUCCUGCCCCAUUACCCCAGCCAGGUGCUGGGCACCACACAGCGGUUCCAUUGUCAGCUCAGCCCCCGCUGGCUUCACUUUCUCUUGAAAAUAGAAUAAUAAAAUGCUGUGGCCAGA